AUGGUGCAGUGUCGUGAGUGCAAGCUGCUGCAGCGCCAGUGCACCGUUCUGAAGACCAAUGCUGAGCAGAAGAUGGGUGAGGAGAAGCAGCUGAGGACCGCAUCAUCCUCCAAGGUCAAAUGGAUGCACUUGUCGCAUGCCAGUCAAACGGAACGCUUGGCUAAUCAAGACCAGCUGGAAUUGUUUGAAGAAGUCGUGUCAGAGGCAGGUAGCAACUCGCAUGUGCUUCGAGAGGCAUGGGAACAAGACAACCAGAAUCACACUGAGUUUAUGCAGGACCAGGAGCAAAAUGUUGAUGGUAGCCAUGGAAACCGCUGGUCAAUGAUCACAUACAGGAUGGCUGUGGCAGUUUACACCAGGAGCUCCUCGGCUUACCAAGCCCUAAAGUCCUUCGACAUCCUGAAGCUGCCAAGUGUCCGCUCCUUGCAGCACUACACUUCGGGGCACAACGAUCCACCAGGAUGGUGCGAAGAGCACAUCAUUGAAAUGCUCCAGCAGUACACCAGCCUGAAGAAGGAAUGCGCACAGCUUAGCUCUUCAGGCAGUCAAUUAUCACCGGUACCUGUAGCACAGACAAGACCUUUGAAGAUGAUAUUCGAUGAGGUGAAAGUCGUUGGCAAAGUUCUGUGGAAUUCGAGUAGUCAGGAAGUUUAUGGACCUUCAAUGACCCCUGACCAGUUUUCCUCACUGCAAGAUGUUUUUCAAGAGCUGAGGAAUGACGACAUGCAGUGCACGGAAUAUGUCCUGCAGUUCCUUUGGAGGGACAUGAUGUCAAGCACCGACAUCUUUGGCCCCUACUACACAUCUUCUAAGUCGAUGGAUGCCAAGUUCACAUUUGCUUGUGUUCUGGACAGCCUCUGGCUCUUUCAUUCCUAUGGUUUGAUGGUGAGUGCACUAGUUUGCGACGGUACAUCAACCAACCUGACCCUGCUCAAAGCCUGCUCCAGCCCCCAGGAGAGGAUUUGGACGUGGUGUGGCUGUUGUUGCGCAGCACUCAGGCAGCGUCACGCUUCGGCCGUAGCACUACCGAGGUUCAGCAAGUCCCGUCCUGGUCUGGCUUCAAUGUGGCUGUUAACUAAACGUUUGUUCAGCAGGUAA